AUAUUCCAUGAUUCUAGUGAGUUGGUUAUGGUUGUAGAAAUUUCAAUUAAAGGAUGUUUUAGAUAUUUUGUAUUAAACCAAAAAUACUCUAUAACCAAUUUUUUGGUCACUAAGAAUCCAAGUAAAACUCGUCAGUUGGAUUGCGAAGCCCCAAUAAUAGGAUUCAAAAUGAAACAAACCUAAACCUUAAUACAUUCUCGGCCGCCUUUCUCUUCUUCGUCUCACUGAAUGAUUAAUUGACCAAGGUUAAAUAAAGAUUAACUGUUAGUAUUGUUCUGUGAAAGCUCAGGACGUCACCAAGUCUUCAAAAUAUCUUUUCUAAUUUUGAGGAAAUUGCGAUUGAAAGUGAUGCAGUUCUAUUGAUUUGUAUGAUCAAACUUGAUAUUGGGUGUGGGAAGAAUCACUGGUGCAGAUCAGAAAUUGAUGUUAAUUGAAAAAAAAUCGACGAAGAAAUUUAAUCAAAUAUGAGUGCAUUGUUUUGAUCCUGUAGAAGGCCUCCUUAACAGACGGCCAAUAAAGGAAUCAUAUUACCAGGAAUCACGUUCCACUCCCCCAACCAAACACGCCAUAAGAGUUCAGAGUGACAAUGGCACGUAUUGGUUUCUGUUUCAGAACCAGCCAACAUCUGUUAAUUCGAUCAUCAUCACUUUCUUCAUCUUCUCAAUCUCAUCAGUUUCUCCGCCAGAUGAGCAUGGCCACACAAACCGCUGUCUCGACGCUUAGCGAUCCUGGUCUCUUAAGAAGCCAAGGACUUAUAGGAGGGAAAUGGGUUCAAGCAUAUGAUGGAAAGACCAUACAGGUAAACAACCCCGCCACAGGAGAGGUGAUAACAAAUGUCCCAUGCAUGGGUAGGAAGGAGACAACCGAUGCAAUAUCGUCAGCCUCUGAAGCUUUUAAAACUUGGAGCAAGCUUACUGCAAACGAACGGAGCAAAUGCCUGCGCAAAUGGUACGAUUUGCUGAUUGCUCACAAAGAAGAUCUUGGGAAACUCAUAACAUUGGAGCAAGGAAAACCUUUAAAGGAAGCUAUUGGAGAGGUAACCUAUGGGGCUAAUUUCAUUGAGUUCUAUGCUGAGGAAGCAAAACGUAUAUAUGGGGAUAUAAUACCAGCCACUCUAACUGAUCGUAGAUUAUUUGUUCUAAAACAGCCCAUAGGUGUUGUUGGAGCAAUUACACCCUGGAACUUUCCUUUGGCCAUGAUCACUCGAAAGGUUGGCCCAGCUCUUGCAUGUGGUUGUACAGUUGUUAUUAAGCCCUCUGAACUGACACCAUUGACAGCAUUAGCAGCAGCUGAGCUCUCCAUUCAAGCUGGAAUACCGCCGGGUGCUGUUAAUGUGGUUAUGGGGAAUGCUUCGGAAAUCGGAGACACUCUCUUAGAAAGUUCACAGGUAAGGAAGAUCACGUUCACGGGAUCAACGGCUGUUGGGAAAAAAUUGAUGGCAGGUGCUGCACAAACUGUGAAAAAGGUGUCCUUGGAACUUGGUGGAAAUGCACCCUGUAUAGUCUUCGAUGAUGCGGACAUAGAUGUGGCCGUAAAAGGAAGUCUUGCAGCGAAGUUCCGUAACAGUGGACAAACUUGUGUCUGUGCAAAUAGGAUUAUCGUGCAAGAAGGUAUUUAUGAAAAAUUCGCUAAUGCUUUCGUCAGUGCUGUGAAAAAACUUGAAGUUGGGUAUGGUUUCACAGAAAGUGUUUCACAGGGUCCACUAAUCAAUGAUGCUGCCGUGCAAAAGGUUGAAUCUUUUCUUCAAGAUGCUACCUCAAAGGGAGCAAAAGUACUCCUGGGUGGUAAAAGACAUAGCCUUGGGAUGACAUUUUAUGAGCCUACUGUACUCGGUGAAGUCAACAACGAGAUGCUCAUAGCAAGCCAAGAAGUAUUUGGCCCUGUUGCGCCUCUUUUGCGUUUCAAAACUGAAGAAGAGGCAAUUCACAUUGCUAAUGACACAAAUGCAGGACUUGCUGCUUAUGUUUUCACAACAAAUGUCCAACGUUCUUGGCGUGUAUCUGAAGCACUGGAGUAUGGAAUAGUUGGGGUCAAUGAAGGGAUAAUAUCAACAGAGGUGGCACCAUUUGGAGGAGUUAAGCAAUCUGGUCUUGGACGAGAGGGUUCCAAGUAUGGGAUGGAUGAAUACCUGGAGGUUAAGUACGUGUGCAUGGGGAACAUGGGUGGUAAUGCAUAAUUUUGGCCAGCCUUUUUUUCCAUGUAACAAGAGAGCUGAGUAUAUAUUCAGGCAUAGUUAUGGAGAAACAUAAUUUUAUAUUUGUCCGUUUGUUCUCACUAAGGUUUCUUAACAAUUUCUUCUAAGAGUCGUCAUGUACUCACUUUCUUCAUCAUUUCUCCCUUCUAGAGGAACGACGACUGUAGAGGCGAAAUAAACAUUUUAGGAUUUGAGUAAGCGGACGACCGAUGACAGUUGCAGCGGAUCUCAAAAUUUUCAAGACGUUUUCAUUUGAAUAAGUGCAUAGAUUAAUAGUUCGUUGCAGUUUUAGGUUGUUUUUCAUGUACAGUGUGAGGUAGUAUAAAGAAGUUGAACCCACCUUUAAUCAUCUUUCUUUUUGGGUGGCUUUGCCUGUUUUA